CUCCAUCCUUUCCCCUCGCCCCCUCCCCCCCUCCGUCUUCUCCUUCUCUAUUCCAAACACAAACCUAGUGUCUAUCUGGGCUCUGUGGAAAGAUUUCCAAUUCAACACACAGAGAAAAUCGACCCAAAAACCAAUAAAUUUACUAUUCAGUUAGUUCUGUUAGUUCUGUAUUGAUAUAUUAUACGCCAAUAAAGAUUAAUCAGUUGAUUGUAGGACUCAUAUUACCAGAUUGUAAUCAGAUCCAUCAAGAUUGAUUGAUGGAUCAGCAAGAUUACGAAACCCUAGGAUCAUCGGAGAGUAAUCAACUCAACCUUGCCUCUGUUAGCAGUAAGCUCAACGCUAAGGCGCCUGAGUUCGUCCCACGGUCGACUUCUGUACCGUCGCCUUCACAUUCGCAGUCUCCGCCGCCUUCGCCUGCGGUUGCGCAGCGGGUUUAUACGAGGCCUCCGUUCGGGUCGCCUUUAAGGCCUUACUAUGGAUUUGAGGGUCAAGUGGCGGUACAGAAUUAUUAUCAACAUGGGGCAAUGCCGCUUUAUGGGUACUUAAAUCCGUCUCAGGAAUUGUUGAAUGGGAUCCAAACCCCGGUGGUAUCUGCAGAAGUGGCCGAUGGUAUUACCACUACCGCCGCAGCCAUUUCGACGAAAAAUGGAAUGCCAGAUGCUCAUCAGAAAAUUCUCAGCCAGGUGGAGUUCUAUUUCAGUGAUAUCAAUCUGGCUACCACCGAUCAUUUACUUGGGUUCAUGAUUAAAGAUCCUGAUGGCUAUGUGCCUGUCUCUGUUGUCGCAUCAUUUAAGAAGAUAAAAAACGUCAUCAGUGGUGCUUCCCAACUUGCUAGUAUUCUGCGGAGCUCAAAAAAGUUGGUGGUUAGUGAAGAUGGCAAAAAGGUCAGACGUCAACAUCCUUUGACUGAAUCUGACAUGGAAGAGCUACAAUCGCGUAUAGUUAUUGCUGAAAAUUUACCCGAGGACCAUUGCCACCAGAACCUCAUGAAGAUUUUCUCCUCCGUGGGAAGUGUGAAGUCAAUUCGUACUUGUCUGCCUCAGAAUUCCAACGGUGGAGCAUCAUCAGCGUCUAGAACUGUGAAAGGGAAUGCAGCGCAUUACAGUAACAAGUUGCAUGCAUUUGUGGAGUAUGAAUCAGUUGAGUUGGCAGAGAAAGCAAUUGUGGAGCUAAAUGAUGAGGGCAAUUGGAGGAACAGUCUAAAAGUCCGUUUGCUGAUAAAGAGUGCAGUGAAGUCUGCUCAAGUGCGAGGUAAGAAACUUCAUGAUGGUCAGUCCAAUGGUAAGAUAGAUGAAGCAAUUGUGCCAGAGGGGCAGCGGCUCAAGGAGAAACAUUCAGAAGAUUCAUUGCAGGAGUCAGAUGCUCAACCAUACGGGUUUCAAUGGGAGGAUAACACGAACAAUAGUCCACAGAGGAAAGCCCACAAUUUUGUCAGUGGCAAUGGCAGUGGAAAGGGCAAGGGACAGGGCCGGGGGCGAUCUCAGCAUCACAUGAACGGAGGAAGUCAUUUGGGAUCUUCACCAAUGGAAGCUUCUGUCAAUACCGAGAAGCUGACUAUAGCCAAAGCAUCUCCUGUCCCUCGCAUGCCAGAUGGCACUAAGGGAUUCUACAUGGGUCGAGGAAAGCCAGUAGCUAUCUCAAUAGCUUGAAAUGCUCUAAUAUCUUAAAAAGCAAGUGCAUCUUUCAAAUGCCAGCAUUCACUUGUCAGGGCAAAAAUGGCUUGUUACGUGCUGUAUGGAAGGAGAGUCGUUAAA